GUCACAGUGGGAGGACUUCUAGUCCCAGGUGUCUCAAAGAGCAGCAGUUCAAUAGCCACCACACACAGAGGGAGACACGUUUGACGAGAGUCCUUUGGUUUUGGUGGAAUGACUUCCAUUCACUAAAAUAAUGUUCCUGAACUGAAGAAGCUGGGGUUCAUUUCCACAACUAUGAUCUGGUCUGGAGGGUUCAAGGUGCCUUCACAUUCAUGUUUGGCACCUUGCAGGGACUGGCUAGGAGUUGGAGCUCCACUGGAACUGUCAACAAGAGCACCCAUGUGUAAUAUCUCCACCAAGGUGGUCUCGGGGCAGUUGGAUUUCUUACAUGGCAGCUGAUUUCACCCAGAGUGGAAAAAUGAUAACCAGUGAAAAAGCCCAACUUUGGCUAGGAGGAAUUUCACAAAGUAGAUCUGAAGGAAAUUUGUUUGACAUGGAGGCUCAGAAAUCCUCAAGAAAAUUCCAUAUUACAGAACGUCCAGACCCAGGAUUUCUUCUCAAUUGGUCAGAUCGUCUCACACGUCAAGGCAAUAAUGUUUCCAAGGCUACAAAUCCAUUUUGGAAUGAACUGUCUGCUUCUAACCCAUUUUUGGAUGACAUAACUCAGCUAAGAAAUAACCAGAAGAGAGAUAAUAUUUCCAUCUUGAAGGAAGAUCCUUUUAUUUUUUUUAGAGAAAUAGAAACUGGAAAUUCUUUUGAUUCUUCUGGUGAUGAACUAGAUGUGCAUCAGUUGCUUAGGCAGUCUUCUGCACAGACAUCUGGAAGAUCUAAAAGUGUUUCAGAACUUUUGGACAUUUUAGAUGGCACAGCACAUGGCCAUCAGAAUAUACAUAACUCUGGCCAGAUACUGGAACAAGACUUAGAAUGGCUUCAGGAUGAUAGGGAGGCUUAUAAAAUGGCUUGGUUAAGUCAACGCCAGCUGGCCCGUUCCUGCUUGGAUUUGAAUAUAAUUAAUCAGAGUCCUGGAUGGGCCCAAACACAAGUUGCAGAGACUGUGAUAGUUUGUAAAUUAAGCCACCAAGGAGGGUCAGUACAAUUACCUGAAUCAGAUAUCACUGUUCAUGUGCCCCAAGGCCAUGUAGCCGUGGGAGACUUCCAAGAGGUGUCUCUAAGGGCAUUCCUUGAACCUCCACAAAUGCUUAACCAUGAUCUUUCAUGCACUGUAAGCCCACUGUUGGAAAUCAUGUUAGGCAACCUUAACACAAUGGAAGCCAUUUUGCUGGAGAUGAAAAUAGGGGCUGAAGUGAGAAAGGAUCCUUUCAGCCAAGUCAUGACAGAAAUGGUGUGUUUACACAGCCCGAGUAAAGAAGGCCCUUUCAAAGUGUUGAACAACUGCUAUAUUUAUAAGGACAUCAUCCAAGUCAAGCUAAUAGACUUGAGCCAGGUGAUGUAUCUCGUGGUUGCUGCACAAAUUAAAGCUACUCGGUCACCAGCUGCCACCGUUUGGGAUUGUAUCCACAAAACCAUGUCAGUAGGGAUUUAUGGGCCCAGAUAUAUUCAUCCCAGUUUCACAGCUAUUUUCAUAGUUUGUGGACACAGUUAUAUGCCAGGAAAGCUUACAAUCUCAGAUAUAAAGAAAGGUGGAAAAAAUACAUCUCCAGUUGUGUUUCACCUCUGGGGGAAGCAUUCGUUCUUACUUGACAAGCCACAAGAUUUAAAUAUUUCUGUUUUUUCAUGUGAUCCUGAUUUUGAAGUAAAGGCAGGAGAAAGGAAAGAAAUUAAACAAAAGCAGUUGCUAGCAGGUGAAGUAGUUAAUCAACAAUUUUUAUUUUCCUUAAUUGACUCCAGAGAAAUGCACUUGUGUGUUUUCCGUGUUCAGAUGGAGCCUCCUGAUGGUAAAGCAGUGACACAGUUCUUUGUCACUACACCUGAUCCAGCUCCCAACCUGAAAAGAUUCUCAAAUCUGCCAGGUGAUUUGCAGGAAGAGAAGAAAAUCAAGUCUGCUCCAUUAUUACCAAAAGUGUGUGUUAAAUAUCCCACAUUUCAAGACAAAAAUAUGAACUUUAACAACUAUGGAGUAACCCUGAAGACAGUGCUAAGGCAAAAAAAGAGUGACUACUUACUUGAAUAUUUCAAAGGGGACACAGUAGCUCUUCUUGGAGAGGGUAAGGUAAAAGCCAUUGGGCAGUCCAGAGUGAAAGAAUGGUAUGUAGGAGUCCUCAGAGGUAAGGUUGGACUUAUACAUUGCAAAAAUGUCAAGGUGAUUGCAAAAGAACAAGUCAUAUCUAUGUCAGAUAAUGUCUUCACAACCAGAAAUCUUCUUGAGCAAAUUACCCUACCUUUCAAAAAACUGACUUACAUCUACUCAGUUGUAUUGACUUUGGUUUCAGAAAAAGUUUAUGAUUGGAAAGUUUUAGCUGAUGUCUUGGGUUACUCACAUCAGGCACUAGAAGAUUUUGAUCAAAUACAAGCAGACAAAGAAUCAGAAAAAGUUUCUUAUAUUGUAAAGAAGUUAAAGGAAGAUUGCCAUGCAGAUAAAAAUACCAGGAAGUUUCUUUACGAACUUACUGUGGCUCUGCUGAAGAUGGAUUGCCAAGGGUUAGUAGCACAUCUCAUCCAAGAGGCUGCUAUUCUGACUUCAGCUGUCAAGCUUGGAAAAGGCUGGAGGGAACUAGCUGAAAAGUUAGUACGACUCACAAAGCAACAGAUGGAGGCAUAUGAAAUUCCUCACCGAGGAAAAGCUGGAGAUGUUGCUGUUGAGAUGAUGUGGAAACCUGCUUAUGAUUUUCUCUAUACUUGGGGUGCUCACUAUGGAAACAGCUACAGAGACAUGUUACAAGACCUUCAAUCAGCUUUGGACAAAAUGAAAAACCCUGUGACCAAACAGUGGCGAGAUUUAACUGGAGCUUUAAUACUAAUACAUUCCUUAGAGUUUUUGAGAGCAACUGCAUUCUCCACUUCUGAGGAAGUAUAAAAAUGAAGGGUGUGUUCUGGGGAGGAGGGAGAAUGGUAGGGGGAAAAUGUGUGUGUGUGUAAAGAAUCUCAUAAAAGUAUUACUUGUUUUUUUCAAGUUUGAAAAAGAUUUUUUUCCUGGUGAAAGCACAGCCUCACACAAAAUCCAAGGGUAGGUCUUACAAUCAAGCAUGUAUUUUUAUGUAUGUUUCAAAUGCAAACAUUAAGCUGUUGUAUUGUUGAGAAAGGAAAAUAAAACCCUCUGUCUUUUCAAAGUUA